AUGCACCUUGGGAUUUGUAGUUAGAGUUGGAACUAAUAUUGACUUGAUGAGAAUCAUUGGAGUCACAGUCUGACGUACGGAGGCUCGGAUGCUGCGGAGCUGCUCUGCCUCUGUCUCUUAGCAACAUCAGCAUCACCCACUCCAGGAUCAGGGGAUCCACUCCAGGUCGAGAGAGAGACAGGUUUCAGACAAACAGGUUGUGUGAGGUGUUUUCAGCAGAGUCAGAGGUGGGAACCUGUCUCUCUCUCGCUCUCUCUCUGUUAAGGAGAACGUUCAUUUUCACCACUGCAGAGACAGAAGAGAGAGGGAGAAACAGAGAGAGGCAGGAACAGAGGGAGAGAGAAACGUCGGAUCAGAAACGAAACAUGAACCGGGAGCAGCUGCGACAGAAGUCCAGGUGAAGUGGUGGUGGGCAGGGGUUAGCCUGCUGAGCCACUGUCUCAUUGGUGGAUAGUGAUGAUCGCAACCGGCGGCCUCCUGCGGAUCAACGCCCGGCGACAGGACUCACUGAGACACAAACCACACACACACAAGAAAAAGAAGAAGAAGAGGAGGAGUGAGGUGGUGGUGGUGAAGGGGAAGUUGAAGCUCUGCUCGUUAUCGGGUCUUGUGGCGGCGCUUGGUGUCCUGGUCCUGCUGGUGGGCUCGGUCAUGGCCGCUCUGGGCUACUGGCCUCGAGACGGACUGUUUGUCAGAGCUCAGCCACAGGAGGGCACUGUGAUGGCCUCAGUGUCAUCUACACCUGCACCUGCCGACGCUCAGGGAGGAGAGAGGGGGGAGGAGCUCCAGAGAGACAGAGGAGGAGCCAGGGGGGAGGAGCUCCAGAGAGACAGAGGAGGAGGUGACGAUAGUUGGAACCAGACAGAAACUGUCAACGGGACCAGAGAACUUCAACAAGGCUUUCUGGAGGGUUUUCUGGACAGGUACCUGUCCUCUGAUAGGCUGAAGGUCUUUGGUCCUCUCAUCAUGGGCAUCGGUAUUUUCCUCUUCAUCUGUGCAAACGCUGUCCUGCACGAGAACCGGGACAAGAAGACAAAGGUCAUCAACCUGCGGGACAUUUACUCCACCGUCAUCGACCUGCAUAGCCUCCGCAGACCCAACACUUCCUGCUCCACCUGCCUAUCCUCCACCAAUCCCCUCAAUGGUCUCGUGAACUAUGUCCAAUCAAAGAGCCUGGAGUGUAAACCCAGCACCUGCCCCACCUCGCUGAGGAGCCGGGGGGAUGGGGGGGGGCGGGAGCAGGUGUUCAGUAUCUACCAGGAGCGUCCAGACGUUCCAGACAUUCCAGUUGUUCCAGACCUUCCUCCCUCCCACAGACUCUCCCUCCCCCCCAGCUUCAGCCCCCCUCCCUCUUCCUCCCACCCGCAGCACCCCGCCCCCCCCAGGAGGCACUCGUCCCGGGCCAGGACGGGCUGGGGGAGGGGGGAGGGCCGAGGAGGGGAGGCGGGAGAUGCAUGUCCACCACCCCCACUCUGCUCCUCCACCCCGCCCCCACCGAGACCGUCCUGUAGUUCCUCCAGUCUCCAGCGGGAGGCCCCAGGAGGCUCCCAGGCCCUGCUCCUCCACUCUUCCUCCUCCCUCACCCCCUCCCACCUGUCGCUCUCCUCCCUGUCUCACCUCCUCUACUCCUCGUCAGCGCUGUCUCCUCCUGGCCGGAGGCGGAGCCUGCCCAGCGGGAGCGUCGUCAUAGGUUACAGUAAACUCGCGAACAGAGAGGACGAGUCGUUUGAGUCGACUGAGAUGACAUCAUCACACCGUGUGACAUCACAGAGGAAGUACUCCAACAGGGAGAAGCUGAGGAUGAUCUCACAGGUGCAUUCUGGUCCGACGCAUGAUGAGGAGGAGACGGGACGACCAAUCAGGAGCUGACUCGUUUAAUGACAUCACAAAGAUUCUCCACAGACAUGACGGACAUUCAUCAAACAGCUGAUUGACGAUGAUGAUGACGGUGAAGAUUUAAGGACUCGUGAACAACUGAACGUGUUGCAGCAAUAAGAAGUCUUCCACAUUAAUGAAUGACAUCAUACAUGACAUCAUGAAUGACAUCAACUGAUGAACGGAGAUUGUUUUUUUUACUGAAUUUCAUGUGAGUUCUGGGACAGGAGGACGUGUGUGUUCACAUCUUCACCACCACCGGCCCUGAACCUGAGGUCCAUCCAUCUGUUCUGGUUCUGCUACAUUAGUGUAGUUCCUUGCUGAAGUGACUGGCCCCCUCUUGUGGAGGAACUCAGACAUGAUGUCCAGCAGGUCUGGUUGGACUGGGUCAGUCAGGGGUCAGUCAUGCUGCCAAAGAACUCAUUCAUUUUUUACUUUUAGCAGAAAAUUGCAGAUUUGAUUGAAUUCUCCAAAUGUGCAUGUGAUUCCUCCUGGGACUCGUUGUGAUUGGACAGAGCGUCGUCAGGAAGGAUUCAGUGUUUAAAUCAUCACUGUGGAACUGUCAGGGACCCCUGCUGCCUCACCUGCUCAUUUACUCUGCUGAGCGCUGGAUAUUACCCAUGAUCCUCUGCUUCCCGAACCUGAAGAGCUGCUGCUGGAACAAGUUCCAGCCGCACCUGCUCACUGACUUAGUUACUGUCAGGGAGCUGCAGCGCCCCCUGUCGCCUCACCUGCUCACUGACUGAUAAGUUUCAUCUUGUUGAUUUAAAAGUUCAGUGAGAGAAAACUUAGUUCCACACACCAGAGUAACUUUUCAGAAACUCAUUUUCCAACAGAACUUGUUAUGAAAGUAAACAACAGAUUUAAAAAAUUUGUUCUACGACUCGUUGAGUAAAGAACUGAAGUCGUCUCCACAGACGAACCUGUGAAAAGCACAACACAUUUUCAUCAGCGAAUCACAAUAAAGCACAUUGAGUUUCCUCUA